CAGAGAUUCAGGUUCAGCGGCCUCUUGGCGCGUGCAACCUGUAAGCAGAUACGCACGAGCCGUCUCCCUCCGCUCUCACGGCCUCUCACGGCCUCUCACGGCCGCCCAUCCGCCUCCCCCAGGAAUGUGGAAUGCACCUGAACUAGAUACCGCACGGGGCGGUAGGGCUCGCCGAGCCACCUGUUCCGGGAACGGGUCCGUGAAGAGUCGCCUCACUUCCGUCCGUCCGUCCCUUUGCCAGCUCCAACGCCAUUUAUUGAACCAACAGCGGCCCGUCGACUCGGAACAAGAAUGGACGAGUGCUGCCUGCCGGCGGAGGGCCGGGAGAGACUCAUGGUGCACAAAGAAAUAGAGCGCCAGCUCCGCCGGGAUAAACGAGACUCCCACCGGGAGCUGAAGCUGCUGCUUUUAGGGACUGGUGAAAGUGGGAAGAGCACUUUCAUCAAACAGAUGAGGAUCAUCCACGGCAGCGGAUACAGUGAAGCGGACAGGAAAGGUUUCACUCGGCUCGUGUUUCAGAACAUCAUCACUGCCAUCCAGGCGCUGAUCCACGCCAUGAAGACUCUCAAGAUCGACUACAUCGACGACACGAACAUUAGACACGCACAGAAGCUGAGCCAGGUGGAGGCAGACCAGGUGUCCACUCUGGAGGCCUGGCAGGGGGACAGCAUCCGUGGAGUGUGGAGUGACCACGGUGUUCAACGGUGCUACGACCGCAGGAGGGAAUUCCAGUUGUCCGACUCUGCCAAAUAUUACCUUGACGACUUGAAAAGAGUCACAGCCCAGUUAUACAUCCCCACCCUGCAAGACAUCUUAAGGGUCAGGGUCCCCACCACAGGCAUCAUAGAGUACCCCUUUGACCUCUCAAAAGUCAUCUUCAGGAUGGUGGACGUGGGCGGCCAGCGCUCAGAGAGGAGGAAGUGGAUCCACUGUUUUGAGAACGUCACUUCCAUCAUAUUUCUGGCGGCCCUCAGCGAGUACGAUCAAGUCCUUUACGAGAACGAGAAUGAUAAUCGACUGAAAGAGAGCCUCGCCUUGUUCAAGACCAUCCUCUCGUACUCGUGGUUCCAAGAGUCCUCCACCAUCCUCUUCCUGAACAAGACGGACUUGCUAGAGGAGAAAAUCACACGGUCUCAUCUGGCAACCUACUUCCCGGCCUUUACUGGGCCUCAGCGCGAUGUCAGUUCUGCUCAAGAAUUCAUCUUGCAAAUGUACGUGGAGAGGCACAGCGGGCAUCCCAAGCACCUUUACAAACACUACACCUGUGCCACGGACACAAAAAGCAUCCGGGUGGUCUUCAGAGCCGUCAAAGAUACAAUCUUCAGUGAUAACAUCGAAGGGUUCAACCUGGAAUGAAAGCGAUGGUUUCCCCUUCAGGAGCGAGGAGCCAGGUUACGCAGUCAAAUGUUGUAACACUUUUAUAGACGCUUUUUUAUAAUCUUUUAUUGCUACAGAAGAGGCAAAGUACAACUGCAAAGUCAGUUCAUUGUUGUACUGAACUAUUACCAUUACAGGGGAGUUCCUUUUCAUUCCCAUGCUGUUUGAUAGUCAUCAGUUAAAGUAUCAAACUGGUUAGACCAAGUUGUGUCUGCUUGCUUUCCAGCUCUGGGAGGAGAAAGUGGAGGAAUAGCCUGCAGGGAACUAGAGUGCCUUACGUUUAUGGUAACAACAACAAUGUAGCCUGUAAAAUUUGUAUUAUUAUUAUUUUUUUUCAACUUUAAUUUGUGUAUUCAGAUGAACCAAAUUCGGCACCGUUCAUGAUCUAUCUUGUCACUUUUUAUUGACAUUAAAACAUGUAUAUGAGA